AUGUCGAGGACGCAGAGCUCGGAGUACUUGCCGAUGCCGAGCUUCCGCUUGAUGGCUGACUACAGCAGCCCACCCCUCGAAGAUGAUGUCCUGGGAGAGGCGGUGCCCCUGUCAGCGCUGAAGCCCUUGGCACAGCUCGGCGCGGGCGAGUUUUGCACCGUGCACCGUGCCACCCUCCGCGGGAGCAUGGUCGCACUGAAGCGACUGCGCCCUGCCCGCCUUGCCUUGGGCGAUAGCAGCAGGCUCGACCUCGGGCGGGAAAUUGCCGUGCUAUCGCGCGUCGAGCACCCGAAUAUCAUCCGCCUGGUCGCGCACGGCGUCGAUGGGGACGGGGUGCCGUUCUGCUGCCUGGAGAUGUUUUCUCAGCCACUGAGUGCGCUGCUGCCUUCGGGUGCGGAGGUGGGCUUCUUUGCUCGCCAGCGGGAGGCGCGAAAGUGGCCCCUCGCCCGAGGCCUAUCUGUUGGGCUGCAGCUGGCGGAGGCGCUGCGCUAUUGCCAUGACGAGUUCAUGCCUGGCUACCGGCUCCUGCACCGUGACCUGAAACCCGCCAACGUCGGCAUCAUGCCCGAUGGCCGCGCGGUGCUCGCAGACUUUGGGGUGCUGUCCCUCUGGAAGAGGGACGCGGCCGACGACGGCGACGUCCGGAAGCUUACGGGCGUGACGGGCUCGCUCCGGUACAUGGCGCCGGAGGCGGAGGUCUUCUCCUUUACAUCGCUGCUCUACCACCUGCUCUCGCGCCGCAAGCCGUUCGCGCUGAUGACGCCCGAGAUGUUCCUGCGCGAGGCGUGCCGCGGCGGAAAACGCCCACCACUGGCCAAGGCGUGGCCACUGCCGCUCCGCAGCCUGAUGGCGGCGAGCUGGUCUGCGAAGCACUCAGUUCGUUUUUGGGCCCGGCGCGUCAUGCUGGUCCCGCUCGUCGUCACUGUGCUCACGCAGCCCGCCCCGCUGGCUGAGAAGGCGACGGAGGCGGCGGUCUCCGCGCAGCCCAUACCGCCGACAGAGAAGGCUGCGGGAGAAGCGGCACCGCCGACCGAGAAGUGGGUAACGGGGGGAUGCGACUGGCGGGGCUGCGCACACACUAACCACCUGACCGGCACCACUACGCUAACCGACUAUAAGGGCGGAAAGAUCACUACGAACAAAUGGACCGGCCAGACCACUGCGAGCAACCACCAGGGCUCCUACACCGCCAACAAGUACACGGGCCAAUACAAGGCUGAAGGGGUGAACGGAAAGAUCGAGGGCAACCACCACACGGGCGACUGGCAGGCGCAAGGGUGCAACGGCUGGGGCUGCGGGACCUCCGGCGGCAACCACCACUCGGGCGACUGGUGGGCCACACCUCACCCUGCUCCUGGUGGCAACCCUACAGUGUGUUGCAUGGCUAUGACCGCCUCGUGCAUGGCCUGCCAGAAGGGCGUGAGCCUCAGCGCCUGGUGCGCGGCCCACCCUGGCUACGCGGGCUGCCCGACCGCAGUCUUUCCGCGCCCAGGCAUGCCGGGCGGCAACCCUACCAUUUGUCAGCUAAAAUGGGCGCAGUGCGGCGGCAACUCCUGGACUGGCGCCACCUGUUGUGAAGCUGGCUCCGUCUGUACUGCAGACAGCGCCUGGUAUAGCCAGUGCAAGCCAUCCCGCAACUACCUUCGAAAGAUUGACGAGGCCGGCGAGCUGGUCGCAACCCACGCCGGCGUCUUCGCCGCAACCGGCGCCUUUGCCGCCAUCUUCUUGGCCUUCGGACUCUUGCGCCGCUCGCGCGCCAGCAAGCCAGAUGCGGCCACGGCCGGGGCGCCGGCCAUGCAGCUGGUGUGAAGUGACGGCGGCGGCCGCGUCGCGCGAAGACGUGCGAUCUGCGAUGCGCCGCGCGCUGGGCUCCAACUCCGACGCCGCGCUGGAGCACAAGCAACCACCACGAAGUCGCAAGUGGUGUGCGCCACGGUGUCCGGCCAGGUGUGAUUUAUAGUUCUCGGAGGGGUGUGAUCCUAUCGGUGUGUUCGGAUGUGUUCAUAUUUUACACGAGUUGUUUCUGU